CACAGAUGGCGCCAGUGUAACAAGUGCAUUCCCACAUAUCUGUCUAGGUAAUAAAAAGGCAUAAACAAAAAAAAACUUCAGGCUGAAUUAAAGUUAUUGUGUUGUGUAUACUGCUGUCGACAAUUAGCAAGAUAUGGCAGGUGGGACAGAGAAAUUCGGACACAGUGAUGUGGAUGGUUAUGGGUUUAAGAGAACAGAUGAUUUUGAUUAUAAAGAUUAUGAAGAGUUUAUGUCCCAGUAUUUAUCUGUAUUAGCUAGAAGAGCAUCACGGUGGAAGGAUAUAGUUGGUACUGAUGAGUCAUCUGUAUCAAAAUCUUCCAAAGUGAAAAGAUUUUGUAGAAAAGGUAUUCCAAAUGAGCACAGAGCAAUGGUAUGGAUGAGUGUAACAAAUGCUGAUGUCUCCAUGAGACAAAAUACUGGUUUAUAUGAAAAAUACAUCAAUGAAAAACUUGAACCUAAAGUUGAGGAAUCUAUUAAAUUAGAUAUUCAUCGAACAUUCCCAGAUAAUAUAUAUUUUGCUGAUAUUCAAGAUCCUCAAGCAAUGAGAAGACCAUUAAAACAUGUAUUGACAGCUAUAGCUAGAAAAAACACUAGAAUGGGUUAUUGCCAGGGAAUGAAUUUUUUGGCUGGUUUACUGUUAUUAGCUAUACAAAAUGAAGAAAAAGUAUUCUGGUUAAUGGACACUGUUAUAAAUAAAAUUUUGCCCGAUUUUUAUGGUCCUGAUAUGCUAGCACUAAAGGCUGAACAAGAAUUAUUAGGAGAAGUUGUGAAGUGGAAAUUACCAGAUGUACAUGCCCAUUUAGAAGAAUUAGGUGUACAGUGGUGUUUAAUUGGAAUGAAGUGGUUUAUUUGUUUAUAUGCUGAUGUUAUGCCUGUUGAGACUGUCUUGAGAAUAUGGGAUUGCUUAUUUCUGGAAGGACCAAAAAUUCUGCUGAGGGUUGCUCUAACGUUGAUAAAAUUGAAUCGAGAGAAAAUAUUGGCUUGUCGUACUUUCCCUGAAGCUGUUGAUUUAUUCCGUGAUUUAGUUAAAGAUCCAUCUACACUUCACUGUCAUACAUUUUUAGAGAGUAUAUUUAAGGAAACAGGUAGUUUUCCUGAGUCUAAGAUAAAGAAAUUAAGAGAAGAAUGUAUUGAACGAGUGAAGAAAGAUUCAUAACUUUACAUUCAUUUCCGCAGGUUGAUUUAUCAAAGCCUUUGUUAUGAUAUUUGUAUUUCAAAGAAAGCACGGGACUAUUAAAUGAGUUAAUUCGUUUGUCCAUCAUCUUUCCAUCACACAUUUUUAAACAAAUAACUCUGCUUCUAAUUGAACUAGAUGUUCAAACAUGGUGUUAAGUCUUUAUUAGGUGAAUGCCUAGAUGGGUUCAAUUAGGUUAAUGUCUUGACUGAGUUCGAUGAUAUAGCAUUUUCCCUCCUUACAAAUAAGCAGUAUGAUUAAUCAAUGUUUGGGACAUGAUAACUUUGAUUUGAAUUGAAUGAGAGUGGUAAAACUUAGUGUAUAGUUUUACUACAUGAAAGGUUGUCUCAGUUCAAUCAUGAGUGUUUUGUGUUUAGAUUAAGCUUGAUUGCUGGAUGCUUUACAAAAACAUAGAUGUGCAAUUAAUUAAUAUGUGUCAUCUAUGUUUUGUUUGAUUGAGGUAGGGUCAUCAGUCUCACUGUUGGCUUGUUUAAAAUAUUGUUUUUAAAUGAAAAUUUGAUAUUAUAUGUGAUUAAUCUCUAGUCAUUAUUGUAUGUUCUGUUACUGAAUCUUGCGUUUGUUAUGUAUUAAAACCUGUUUUAGACAGCAAAAAAAGAGGGACCUUUUAGAAAAAAAAUUUGAUAGCUUUUUAUAGGACUGAAUGAAUUAAUGUAUUUUAAUGUUGUAUAUUGUCAAAGAUUUACCAUGAUUGUAGUUUCAUGAUACCUGAUAGUAGACAUAACAUUGUAAUGGCUUUCACCAUUAUUUAUAUUUAAUAUUUUUGAAUGUCUGCUGUAUUUAUUUUGUUGGUCAGCUGGGCUGAGUUGUCUAUUUACAUGUUAAUUUCAAAAUUAUUGAAAAGUUUUACUGAUGAAUUGUUAAAUCUAGUAUAUAUAAUAUUAAUGUAGAUGAAGCAAUCUGUUAGAAACAUGUAUGAUCGUGUGUGUAAAUUCUAUGUGAGUAUCUGUUUAGUCCCUCACAUUAUGAUCUCUGGAUAUACAUUACACUUACCAGUAUUUAUUGUAAACUUCUGUCAUUCAAAUCAAGUUGACACAAUUUUACUUUCAUAGUGUUAAGUGUUUAUUGUUUUUAUACGUUCACAUUUUUAUGUGGACGUAUAUUGUCGUCGGCCCUGUCCCCAUCCAGACAUCCAUCCACAAUUUGUUUGUGGACACUCUACAGGUCACAAUUUUUAUCCGAUUUUGAUAAAACUUGAAAUGUUUAUAACCCUAAGAUCUUGGUUCCUUUUGCUAUUCGCACACAUUAGCCUUUAAUUGUUCGAAGAGGUCACAACUUUUAUCGGAUUUAAAAAAAAAACAUUUGAAUAUAUCACCAUUACACCCUAAUGAUGGUUGAGUUCGAAUUUUGUGAAAAUCGGACCGAAACUGACAGACAAAAUGGCCGCUUACUGUGCGCAAAUAGUGUAAAAUACCAAGGAUGUGGACCCUUAAGAGGUCACAAUUUUUAUCUGAUUUUGAUGAAACUUAGAAAUAUGUUUAUAUCCCAAAAUCUCUGCUCCUUUCGAUAUUCGCGCAUAUCAGACCACAACUUCCUGGAUUAUAGCCCCUGAUUGUACGUAAAAUCACAUUUUUAGGUUUUGAUACUUGCACGUAUCAGAUCGUAACUUCCUUGAUUAUAGCGCCUAAUUUUACAAACAAUUGCUUUUUUUUUUUUAGCUUGUUCUCUUUCCAUUUCUUGCAAAAUGUGGGCGUAUCUUGCCUGGCAAUCGCUAGUUCUGUACAUAUAUCGAUGAAAAUAUGAUUUGAUAAAUCAAUCAACUUUAUUGUGAACAACACCACAACAUAUUUGAGAACAAGACGGAUCAAAAUUUGGAUGCUGCUUCGCCCAUAUAUGACAGACAUGGCCUACACUAGUUGUCAAACGUUCUGACUAUUAAACCUUCCGUAGUUGACUGAAUUGUGUCAUUAACUGAAUACAAACAGAUGUCAAUGCUCUAAACAAUGGCCUAUUGUAUAUUUAAUAUAAAUGUACAUGCUAUAUAUUCAUAUUUAAUAGUAUAUUUUAUUGUAUUUAAAUCUUUUUUUAUGUGAUAACAGUAUAUGCAAGAACAUAUAUGGGACAUUUUCUAUAUAACCAAACUUUAGAACAAAGACACCAAAUUCUAAACCAAACUUUUUGAACAAAGACAUUAUGGUUAAAGAACAAAUACAUUAUGGUUAAAGCUUUAAGAACAAAUACUAAAGAAGACCAAAAGCUUUAUGAACAAAUAAUAGAACAAUGACAAGCCUUAGGAACAAAUAUUAGAACAAAGUAACCACAUUCUACCCGAGACUUUGAGAACAAAGUUUCAAACAGACAUCCUAUUUUACAAAUAUUUCACAUGUAGAGCAAAGACGAUGCAUAACCCUGUAAGAACAAGUAUUAGUAUUUAUGUGUGCAUUGUCAGAACAAUGACCAGUAUAGAUUAUGAUUCGCUAAAACUGUGCUUUCUGGUUACUAUUUCUAUUUCCCAAAUUAAAGUCAAUUUGUACAUUAUCUAUUUUUGUCAUCUUGAUCUCAACUUUGUUUUGAUUGAUGUUACUAUUAUAAUUUCUAUCAUAUAACAAUGUCAUUCUGUUUUCAAUUUCUAUAGGAAAUUUUCUAUUAUAAAGACAAUUUAUUAUAAAAAAAAACAAAGUCAGAAUUUCUGAGAAUGAGAAUUGCAAGUAUAUUUUUUCUCAUAAUUUAUGAUUAUGUACUGUUUGUUGCUUGUUUAAACCAAACUGUAUUGACAAACUCAUGGGAACAAAUUCAACUUCUUUCUUUUUGGUUGUGGGUUUACACAGUUAUUGUAGGUUACUUUAGAUAUACCUUAGAAUUGUACUUCUCAUUUAUUUACCAUAUUCAGCAAACAGUACUGGUAGUACUGCUUAUUUUGUGCAAUAUUUUAUAAUAUACAGUAUACCGGCUCUUUUAUUUAUAUGAUAUAAUGUUAUGUAUUCAGUAUUUCCUUUUGUCAAUCAUAAUUUUUUUUUCUCCAACACUAGCCCAUGCCAGCAUAUGUCGACAUUUAUAUUUGAUAAGACCAAUAUCUGACCCUUUAAAACAUACCUAUAUGUACUAUAAGGCUCUCAGCAAACAUUACUUGCACAUAUUGCCAGACAUAUCCUGCAACAGUUGAUUUCUUAUAUGUUGGUGUUGGGUGAUCAUAAGCUCUGUGAUUGAGUCAAGUGGCGAGGUUUCGAUCCCAUGUAAUUAUAUGACAGAGAGUAGGGUUGCCUGCCCAACAUUGUGGGUUUUAUCCAGAUCCCCCGGUUUUCAUCCCCUUACAAAAGACCCCUAUGCACAAUCGAAUUAUUGAAAUAAAAUUGUACCAUGUUCGUUCCAAAAUAACAUGGUUGUGUCAUGUGGACCCCAUUUCUCUUUCUCUUUUGAACAUGUAUGAUGAAAACUUGUGUUUUGGGCUCAAGAAUAUACGAGAUAUAGACAUUUUCUCCCAUUUACCCCCAAUUGUUAAAAAUUUAUCAUUAUAUAUUUUAUUUAUAUAUUUUUGCUAACUUUUUAAUUUUCUAUUUAGUUGAUGAAAUAGCUUUCCAUUCCAAGUAUUUUGUUUUAUUGUAAGUAUUUAUUAUUGUAAUUAGAUCAUGUGCCAACUAAUAUAUAUUUAUCUAUACCAUAUGCUCAAAUAUUUCCUGGAAUAAGCCUCCAUAUAUUUUGCUGUAACAUUAGUGUAAUUCUAAAUAGUAGUAAAAUAGCUAAACCAA